UGAAGAAUGUGCUUUCUUCCACAUGACGACCCAUCGGAUGCCGUUCACUCUUUACCCACGUGAAGCAUCUGAAGUCCCCGUCAAAUUCAUCUUGAAGCAAAAAAUCACGAAGCGUAUCGCCUUCAAAGUACUGUACAACGAUGUGCCGCAUGAGAAUCCAAUUGCCCAAUCAACUCCGACAGGAACUGCAUCGUCCAAAGGCAGAGCUGAACCCUCUGAUGUUGCACGGGGAACAUCCAAAUCAUCUCAGCUCCCCGAAGAGCAGACAAGAAGCGAGCAUCAUCUUGAAACGAUAGGUUCGCCAUCACCUGAGACUGCAGACACAAAGGAUGAAAGUAGUCCUACUGAAGUCCGUACAAGGCCUAGGCCAUUAACUCCAUCAUCGAUAGAGUCACCGCCAUGUGAACAUGCCUACCAAGUCACACAUGACUUUGUAACAGAGAUAGAGACAGUUGCUCCGACAUCAUCGACAGUGCCCGUCCAUUCAUUAGAGUCUGCAGCAGAGGAGGUAAUGGGUGUCUUAGCCCCACAAGCAUUUGCGGCAAACGUUGUCCAAGAAUUGGUUCCAGGACUUUCAGCAGAUCGGAAUAUGCACCAGCGUCCUGGGAACGUCUAUAUCAACGUCCAAGGGAUGGUCAUCAACAAUCCCCAAGGGAAUAAUCCUCAAGGAAAUACUGUUGCCCAUGCUCCUGUUGCAAUUGCUUCCAUAGUACCUCCUAGGCUACAGCAUGAGCUGCGUUGCCGGUUGAACAGAGAAAGCCCAGUUUUUGGUGACUGGAGGGGUCUUGCCAUUGAGCUGGGACUUGGAGACUACAUACAAUCACUGGAGCAGUGCAAGAAUUCGACUGAAGAACUACUCGUUCUUGCUGAGAGUCAAAAGAAGAUUCAGAACCUUGGGGACUUGGCCAAGGCGUUUGAACGCAUGAAUCGUGGGGAUUGCCAAGAGCUCUGCGAGAACUACGUGUUUGAGAGAACAAAGACAGCUGAUCCUCGGAAGGAUCAAAAGGAAGAUGAUGACACUGACAUCAGUGAUUAGGGAACAGGCU